GUUAGACGAAAACAGAAAAUCACGGUAUCCUUAACGCAUACAUAAUAAUUAAUAUAGAAAAUUAUCAUAUUUUAAAUGUAUUUUUAUACCUAAGGCUAUAUUAGUGCAGUUAUUGUGGGGAUUUUAAACACAUUAAAUUUAAACUGCCAUAAUUAUUGCUAAUACAAUAUAAAACCUGUUGUUUUCAAAUGAGAAAAGUAGAAUAAUACUUGUGCGUUUUAUUUCGAUUUCAAGUACCACAGGACUACCUGUAAAAAUUUGAUUCCGAUGUUAUUUUGGAUUCAAGACGAAAUCUACUCGCCUUGUGAUUAUAUCCAACCGAUUAUAACGUCAUACGGUCUGUGUUAUUCAAUAAAUAUGAUUCCUCACCAUCAGUUGUUGCACGAUAACUAUCUACAAUCAACGUCUUUUUUGAACUUGACACAAGCCGAUAUCAUAGCGAAGAAAAACGAAACCACCUGGACUCCUGAAACUGGUUACAGCCGGAACGCUACCCCGUUUGACGUGCCGUGGAGAGUGACCGGCGACACCGUCGACAAUGCGGUUCGGUUGAUCUUUGAUUUGACGAACGAGAAUUUAGGAGACCACUGUCCGAAAAGAGAAUCCGGACUGACGUUGAUUGUGCAUAGCCCAGCGGAUGUUCCAGUCGGUAUCCAACCUACAGCUUACGUUACCGGUAGUAGUAUGCUGUCCGUCGCAUUGUCACUGAAUAUUAUACGUACUUCACAUAAAAUCAAAAAGUGGACUCCAAAACUUCGAAAUUGUUAUUAUCAACACGAAAAAAAAUUGAAGUUUUUUAAGAUCUACACGCUUCACAAUUGCGAAAUGGAGUGUAGAGCCAAUAACACGUUUAACGUCUGUGGUUGCAAUGCUUAUUUUCAACCAAGAGACCCGGGAGUUUCGGUUUGUGGUACUGAAAGUUUAGAAUGUAUUAGAGAAUCUUCGACUAUCGGUUAUUCGAUUUUCAAGAAAACACUAAACAUGUCAAAUAACAUCAAAGGUUGUAAUUGUUUGCCAUCAUGUACAAGUAUUCGGUACGACUAUGAAACUGUGGAAUUUUUUAGGAACUGGACAACAAAUUCUACAAAACCGAAACUAGUUCUCAAUGAAAAAUCAUCUGUAGUAUUGAUUUACUUCAAACGAAAAUCUGUGAUCGAUAUACAAAAAACUCCAUUGAUGCCGUUCAACGAACUAUUAGGUAACAUAGGCGGCUUGUUUGGAUUAUUUCUUGGUUGCAGCAUAAUCAGUUUCUUUGAAAUCUUAUAUUUUUUCGUGAUACGAUUAUAUUUUGACCAUCGGAAUCGUAGAAAGGCCAAAUCAAAAAUAACGCCGAGUUUUAUCAUUGAAUGAUAAAAAAAAAGAUACUGGAAUAUACUA